AUGGACGGACUAGAUACAGCACAAAACUUUCUUAUUUUAGCUUUAAUGCUGUCCUCGCUGACGUCUACUUUAGGAUCAAUUCGAAAAACCCAACUAUUAAGGCUCUUGUUUCUCAGGAGAAAACGCCAGAGAAAGUGUAUUAUCGCAAUUCUUUUAUUGCUUCGAAGACAACAACGCGGGAAAAAGCGAAGAUCUUGGUCUUGGGAUCGACAGCAACAUUUCUUCGAAAAUCUGUUGAAUAACACACUCCCAGAGUCUAUGUGGAAGGAGCAUCUUCGAGUGAAUAGACGCACAUUUGAAAAAAUAUGUGAGAUUGUUGGAYSGGAGCUGUCCAGGAGAGACACUAUACUAAGGCAAGCAAUUCCUUUAAGAAAGCGAGUAGCGAUAGCACUCUUACGACUGGCAACAGGCAACUCAUACCUGAGUUCUGGUUUAAUCUUUGGCUUGCCGAAAUCAACAGCAAAUGGCAUAAAGAAUGAAUUUUGUGAAAUAUUAAGGAGAAAAGCGGCUGAUUUUAUUAAUUUUCCGAACAGUGUGGAAGAAACGCAGAAAAUAAUAGAAGGUUUUGAAGAAAUUGGGUCGUUCCCUCAAGUUGCUGGCGCARUUGACGGCAGUCAUAUAGAAAUCAAGAGGCCUUUGAUUAACCCAGAAUGUUACYGGUGUAGAAAGCAAUAUUAUAGUAUGGUGCUACAAGCAGUAGUCGACAGUUAUGGUCGGUUUAGACAUAUAAGUACCGGCUAUCCGGGUAGUGUACAUGAUGCCAGGAUACUCCGUUUGAGCAAGUUUUACAGAGAUGUAGAAAACCAGGAUAUUUUAUGCGGUCCAAUCAAGAACAUAAAUGGGAAACAAGUCAAKCCCCUGAUAAUUGGAGACCCAGCUUAUACACUGACAACGUGGCUGAUGAAACCGUACUCACAAACAGGUGUAUUAUCGAACGAACAGAGAAACUUCAACAAAAAACUUAGSUCGGUACGAGUUGUUGUCGAACAAGCAUUUGGGCGAUUAAAAGGCCGAUGGCGCUGUCUUUUGGAAUUGCUCAACGAAGCGACAGAGCGAGCCCCCAGUACCAUUAUUGCUUGUUGUGUUCUCCACAAUAUUUGUGUGGAUAUGGCCGAUGACACGCCUAUUGAUAUCACUGAUGACGAUGACGGUAAUAGACGACGUCCUUUACCCGGGCACAAUGUGAACAGUGRCGGUAACGAACUAAKGGAGCACCUGAAGCGUUAWUUAAACUGA